UUUUUUUUUUUUUNCUUUCCGAGCCUUGAUUGUUUAAGGAAUUCGAUUUUAGCUUGAUUCACAUGUGGGGAAUGAUUUAGAAACGCCAUGGACGUUUUAGAUUCUUAAAGGCUACUGAAAUUUAGAUAGUUUUGUUUUUUUUUUUUCUGGGCAAAUUCUUUUAUCUGAUUCUCUUGAGAAGUUAGCUUUUAGUUCGUAAGAGUUUCAGUUACGUUUGAAAAUCUCAAGUCUUUGUUACUUACAGGCAACAAUUUCUCUCAAAGAUGGCGUUUUUGGGGCUCUUCCGUGUUUCUCGACGGUUAUUGAGAUCCUCCGUCUCGGCAACUCCAUCUUCUUCCUUUGCUGUUUUGCAAUCGCAGCAUAAAUCCUUGCCUAAUCCUGUGACUACCCAUUUCACCAAGUGUUAUCCUUUAUGUAAUUAUAACUAUCAAGUAUGGAGUAAAGGGAAGGUAUUGCAUCAGGAUAAGUUUCUUGGUGGUGUUGGCUGGAAUUAUAGAUUAGUUGGUGGGAUGUCUUCGUCUUCGGUUAUGGAGGGAAAGCCUAAGAAAGAUGAUGAGGAGAAGAGUGAUGGUGGUGGUGUUAAGGAAGCUUCUUGGAUAGAUUUGUAUUUACCAGAAGGAGUUAGAGGUUAUGCUAAGCUUGCUCGUUUGGAUAAACCCAUUGGUACUUGGUUGCUUGCUUGGCCCUGUAUGUGGUCGAUUGCGUUGGCUGCUGAUCCUGGAAGCCUUCCAAGUUUUAAAUAUAUGGCUUUGUUCGGUUGCGGAGCACUACUUCUUAGAGGUGCUGGCUGUACUAUUAAUGAUCUGCUUGAUCAAGACAUAGAUACAAAGGUUGAUCGUACAAGAUUAAGACCUAUCGCCAGUGGUCUUUUGACACCAUUUCAAGGGAUUCAGUUUCUUGGGCUUCAGUUGCUUUUAGGCUUAGGGAUUCUUCUCCAACUUAACAACUACAGCCGUGUUUUAGGGGCUUCAUCUUUGUUACUUGUUUUCUCCUACCCACUUAUGAAGAGGUUUACAUUUUGGCCUCAAGCCUUUUUAGGUUUGACCAUAAACUGGGGAGCAUUGCUAGGAUGGACUGCAGUUAAAGGAAGCAUAGAUCCAGCUGUUGUACUCCCUCUGUAUCUCUCGGGAGUUUGCUGGACCCUUGUUUAUGAUACUAUUUACGCACAUCAGGACAAAGAAGAUGAUGUAAAAGUUGGUGUUAAGUCAACAGCUCUUAGAUUCGGUGAUAAUACAAAGCUCUGGUUAACUGGAUUUGGCACAGCAUCCAUGGGCUUUCUUGCACUCUCUGGACUCAGUGCAGAUCUCGGGUGGCAAUAUUACGCAUCACUGGCCGCUGCAUCAGGACAGCUAGGAUGGCAAAUAGGGACAGCUGACUUAUCAUCUGGUCCUGACUGCAGUAGAAAAUUUGUGUCGAACAAGUGGUUUGGUGCUAUCAUAUUUAGUGGAGUUGUACUUGGAAGAAGUUUUCAAUAGAGACUCUCUAUCUCAACAAAUAAGGAUGAAGCUUUAGUAUGAGGAACCUAUAUAUGAAGAAACGAGGUAGAGUUUUAAGACACUGUAUGUGAAACAGAGGACAUGGUCUUGCUUCUGGAUCGUAAAAGCUCUCAACUCUCAAGGAACAGAUAAGCACAAGGCUUGUCUAGUUGUCUGUAUACUCAUUCAAAGGGUUGACACACGUAAUUAGUAUUACAUUAAGUUGUAAAUUUUACUGGAUGCUUAAUAAAUUUUCCUUUUUGAAUCCCAAAUUGCAAAUACAUUAACAUUGAA